UGGGUCUCUGCAGAUGGGCCAGAACAUGAGUCAGCUAGACAGUAACAACUGCUCGUUCGUUUUCGUGGACAACCUGACCAAAACCUUGCAGCUGGCAGUCCACAUUCCCACCUUCCUCCUCGGCCUGGUCCUCAACCUCCUGGCCAUCCGAGGCUUCGGUGCCUUCCUGAAGAGGAGGCAGCUGGAAUACAUGGCCACUUCUAUCUACAUGAUCAACCUGGCUGUCUUCGACUUACUGCUUGUGCUCUCCCUCCCAUUCAAGAUGAUCCUGCCACAAGUGGAGUCCUCCCCCUCACUGGUCUUCUGCACAUUUGUGGAGUGCCUCUACUUCAUCAGCAUGUAUGGGAGUGUCUUCACCAUCUGCUUCAUCAGCCUGGACAGGCUCCUCGCCAUCCAGUACCCUCUUCUGGUCAAUCACUUCCGGUCCCCCAGGAAAACCUUUGGGAUCUGCUGCAUCAUCUGGAUGCUGGUAUGGGUUGGAAGCAUCCCCAUCUACACUUUCCACAGGGGAGUGAAAGGAUACAAGUGCUUCCACAACAUGUCUGACAGCACGUGGAGUGCGAGAGUCUUCUUCCCCCUGGAGAUCUUUGGCUUCCUCCUUCCUAUGGGCAUCAUGGGCUUUUGUUCCUAUAGGAGCAUUCACAUUCUACUGAGCACUCAGGGGACGAAGUGGGUCCAAAAGAGAGCCUGCAUCAUCUGGACCAUUGCUACCAAUCUUGUCGUCUUCGUGGUCUCCUUUCUCCCAGUGCACCUGGGUUUGUUCCUGCAGUUCCUGGUGAGGAACGGCUUUAUCUUGAAUUGCAGAGUGAAGCAGGGCAUCAGCUUGUUCCUGCAGUUGUCUCUGUGUUUCUCUAACAUCAACUGCUGCCUCGAUGUUUUCUGCUACUACUUUGCCAUCAAAGAAUUUCGCAUGGGCAUCAAGGUCCACCGGCCUUCCCAAGUCCAGCUGGUCCAUCAGGAUUCCAUGGUCUCCAGGGCUUAAAGGAAGGUACCCCUCUCAAGGGAAGGAAAUUGCAGUCCCAAAUUCUCAUAAAGACCAUCCGCUUGCCUUUGGACACUCGCUGAGUGCCGUCUUUGUUCUUUUUACUCCCAUGACCUUUUCACAUCACCUGGAUGGGUGACCUAUGUCACACUUGUUUUGGGUUUCCUAAAGAACCAGGUGAAGUCUUCAUUUCUAAGUCUAAAAUGUAUGAAGCAAAAGAACCAAAAAACAAAAUGUAGCUCGAAAAGUCUGUUUCUCAGCUUCCCUGACUUUCCAUUCUGUUGGAGAGCCUAGAAAGGAAGAGAA